UAUCUCAUUGCCCCGAGAUCUGUGCUGGUCCUGGUUCCCGCGGUGUUACUGACGGCGCUGUCCGGUGCUGAGCGAGUGUGCCCGAGGACAUGUCGCUGCGAUGGAAAGAUAGUCUACUGCGAGUCCCAGGCGUUGCAAGAAAUCCCGAGGAACAUUUCCUCGGGGUCGCUCGGUCUCUCCCUCCGGUACAACAGUAUCAAGUCCCUUAAACCCAACCAAUUCUCCGGGCUGAAUCAACUCACCUGGCUCUAUCUGGAUCACAACUAUGUCAACGCGGUGGACGAGAACGCGUUCCAAGGCAUCCGCCGGCUGAAAGAGUUAAUUCUCAGCUCUAACAAUAUCACUCGGCUGCACAAUGGCACCUUCCACCCGGUGCCCAAUCUACGCAACUUGGAUCUCUCCUACAAUAAGAUGCACGUCUUGCAGUCGCUGCAGUUCAAGGGUUUGAGGAAACUUCAGAGCCUGCACCUGAGAUCGAACUCGUUGAAAGCUAUACCGGUCCGGGCUUUUCAGGACUGCCGUAACUUGGAGUUCUUGGACCUUGGUUACAACCGGCUCCGCAGUCUGGCGCGGAAUGCCUUCGCCGGCCUCAUGAAGCUGACCGAGCUGCAUCUGGAGCACAAUCAGUUCUCCAAGGUCAACCUCGCGCACUUCCCGCGUUUGUCCAGCCUGCGGACUCUCUAUCUCCAGUGGAACAGGAUCAGGGUUUUCAGCCAAGGGAUGUCAUGGACGUGGAGCUCGCUGCAAAAGUUGGACUUGUCCGGGAACGAGAUCCAAGCUAUUGUGCCCGGCGUGUUCCAGUGUGUGCCGAACCUGCACAGCCUCCACCUCAACUCCAACAAGCUCACCACCAUCAGCCAGGAGAUCCUCAGCUCCUGGACCUCCCUGACAACCAUCAGCCUCUCUUCCAACAUCUGGGAGUGCAACAGGAAUAUCUGCUCGCUGGUCAACUGGCUGAAGAAUUUCCAAGGCUACAGGGAGAGCGCCAUGAUUUGCGCAGGGCCCAAGUCUCUCCAGGGCUACAACGUCAUGGAAGCCGUUGACCACUACAAAAUUUGCGCUGGAGUCACCCCAGUUGCCACCCAGAGGCCACAAGGCUCGAAGACAACCCACAGGGCACUCACCCCCAAGCCGACAGCUGUGGUCAGUAAGCCUCAGCCCCCUGUCUCCAUCCAUCCUUCCAAUGAAUCUAUCCCUGAGCUGGAGCACGACUUUGAACAUGUCUCCUUUCACAAGAUAAUAGCGGGGAGUGUGGCGCUCUUCCUGUCCGUAACCAUGAUCUUGUUGGUGAUUUAUGUCUCCUGGAAGAGGUACCCUGCCAGCAUGAAGCAGCUGCAACAGCGGUCUCUGAUGAAGAGGCGCCGGAAAAAGAAGAGGGAGUGCGAGAGGCAAAUUAACUCCCCCUUGCAAGAGUACUAUGUGGACUACAAGCCAACCAACUCCGAAACGGUGGACGUGUUGGUCAAUGGAACGGCGGCAGGCACCUACAGACCCGGCUCAAGGGAAUGUGAGGUGCUGCCUGACCUUCUGAUCUUUUUAAAGGUUGCUAUUUUCCCCUUCUUUCUUGCUCUAACAUUCGCUGGAGUACAGUUCCAGGAUCUCUUGCUGCAGCCAGAUUUCUGGGAGAUCGCCGUCACUGGCAGGGCCAACAUUAACAACCCAUCCAGAGCUCUGUGCCCAAAGGUCUCAGGUAUCUGGGCACGUAGCCUGAGAUCUUCAAUCUCCCACGACACACCGAUCUCUUGCCCGGACACCGACCUUCGAUCCGCCCGUCUGCAGAGCAACGAGAUAUCAGCCCUCUGA